AUGCCGGAGCUUGCUGAAGUGGGACGCAUUGUACAUUUCAUUCGACAACACCUGGUUGGAAAGACAUUGUCCAAGGUACACGCGCAUCAUGACGAGAUCAUCUAUGGCAAAGUCGGCACGAGCGCGGCCGAAUUCCAGAAAGCGAUGCAGGGAAAGACAGUCGUGGGUGCUGGUCAGCAGGGGAAGUAUUUCUGGAUGACCAUGUCUUCUCCUCCGCACGCUGUCAUGCAUUUCGGAAUGGCAGGAUGGAUGAAGAUCAAGGACCAAGACACGUUUUACUAUCGCUCGGAUAAGCCCGGCGAUGAAGAAUGGCCGCCCAAGUACGCCAAGUUUGUUCUGGAAACCAGUGAGGAUCCAAAGACCGAGGCCGCCUUUGUGGACCCUCGCAGGUUGAGCCGCAUUCGCCUAGUGGACUGUCCGGCUGAGGAGAUUCGCGACCAUACACCUCUCAAAGAGAAUGGGCCUGAUCCGAUUGCCGAUAAGGAUAUUCUGGAUGAGGCAUGGCUACAAGAGAAGCUGAGGAGCAAAAGAGUCCCCGUCAAGGCCCUGCUGCUCGACCAAGCGAAUAUCAGUGGCAUUGGAAACUGGAUGGGUGAUGAGAUACUGUAUCACGCCAAGAUCCAUCCGGAGCAGUACAGCAAUACUCUAAGUGAUGAGCAGAUCCUGGAGCUCCACAAGGCGCUCCAUUACGUUUGCACCACAGCCAUGGAUGCACUCGCGGACUCGGAGAAAUUUCCUGAACAUUGGCUCUUCAAACAUCGAUGGGGCAAAGGGAAAAAGGACCACCCAAAGGCUCUCCCCAAUGGGGACAAGAUUACCUUUAUCACCGUCGGAGGUAGAACAAGCGCGGUAGUCGCAGCGGUUCAGAAGAAGUCCGGAGCCGGAGCAAAAGAAAUCGACGACGACGGGGAAACCGCGCAGCCUAAACGCAAACGAUCUGUCAAGAAGGAGGAGGAGGAUAAUUCCGAUGUCGAGGAGAAGCCUGCACCUAAGACGACUAAGUCCGGGGGGAAGAGAAAACCGACCGUCAAAACCGAGACGAACGAGAUCGAUGCGAUCAAGGAGGAGAAGUCCCCGGGGACAACCCCUCCCCGACGGCGAUCCACGCGGACCAGAAAGUGA